AAGGCAUGAGCAGCAUCAUAACCAACGAACUCACACGAAAUGUGCCUUUUUUUAUGCAUUAGGACAGUUCGCCGAGACCUUCCAAACAAGCCAAGAAUAUACUCAACACAAGGAAUUUCUUGCACCUUAAGCUUGUUCUCAGUGCUAAUCAAAGUCUUAGACAAGGAAUCGUACUUCGUUUUCAGUACUCCCAUCGACAGUCAAUACAUGGUAAGCAACCCUUAUGUGUAACAGGAGACAGUCCUACUUGAAUACAGAUACGAUGCUUUUUUGGACAUGCCAGUAAUAACGAUGGCCAAGACUGAAAUGUACACAAGAAUCAUUCAUCCCCUUCGACAGAGUGAUCAAGUAAUGUUAAAAUGCUUCAAAAAGAAUGCGAUGCCCAUGAGCCCACGUCAAAACAAUAUGGCCGUCCAAAAAGUUGCCCUCAACUGGUCUGACUCGAUUGAAUUCAUAUUCGUUCAACUAGAUUCUCCAAGAUGUCCUCGUCUGUGAGACGACUUGACCAAUAGUGAAAUCUGGACCAGAUACAUGCCUUUUCGACGACGAAACUAACGUUACUGCAAGACUUGUAUUGGGACACGCCUUUUCGUCGACAAAGUCAACGUUUUCUGCAAGAUUAAAAUGUUUAUUGAGUGUCCCACCUCGAAACCUC